AUGAUGAAGGCUAAAAGUGCGGUGGAGUACAGGACAUACCGCCAGGACAUGCUCCGAUUGCUAGGAAAUGACAAGAAGGACCCCUUUUUCGAGUACUUUGAUGUAAAUUGGGAAACGUGCAAGGAGGAGUGGGUCGACUAUCAUCGCGACAACUUUCCACAUCUGAACAACCACACCAACAACCGCAUUGAGAGCGGGUGGGGAAAGCUUAAGCAGUUGGUGGAUCGUGAAGAUUCAAUUGACGAGUUGAUCAGCACGCUGAUAUUGCUUCAAGAGUGGUCAGAAGAGCAAUACCUGAAAGAGUUCACGAGUUUGGGUACCAGGCAGACUCCUGAUGCUGAGGACGCUAAGGAUGAAGAACUCUCAACGCUGGCUCUUCAGGUCAGUCCACACGCGUAUCGCCUCGUCAGGGAUCAGUACAAUACCUUCGGUACCAUUGUGUACAUCCGGUACCAUUGUGUACAUCCGGUACCAUUCAACAUUCCAAUGCUGCUGCGCACGCUGUUGCUGCCCUGCCGGCACGUCAUUUACCUACGCAAGCACCAGAACUGGGAAUCAGCCAUUCCACCUCCAAAAUUCUACACAGCAAGAUGGUCACUUCUUUCACCCACUAACGACAUAUCUACAGGCUAUCUUGACGGGAAUCGAUCGCUGCGCAUGGUCAAACGCGCUACGAAUGAUCCAGUCGCACAAUCACGAGACCGAAGGUGUUCUGAAACUCGAGCUGUGUGCCAACAGCUGCAAGGAAUUAUGGCCGACCAAAAUACUGAGGAUUUUAGAUCGACAUUUAAGCUGCUUCAGACAGUCGAGAAGCUGUGUCGUGCGGGCGAUGUGCGAAAGCUGGCCGACGCAUUGGAGGUGAUUAAAAGUCAAGACAACGAGAUAAAACGACAGAGACCAGAGGACAGUGGUGUGGAUCGUGCCAAACAGAUCGGUUUUGAGAAUCUGAAGUUCUCUAAGUCUGUACGGCAGACUCAGGCGUCAAGGCGUAAGAAAAACAAAGCUCAGAAGGUUCAGUCGCUACAACGUAUUCGUCGUAGGGCACGGCUCUUUGCAUCCGGAAAGGCAAAGACGGCUCCUAGCUUAAACGACAUGGGAGCUAUCCUCUCACAGCUGUAUUGCUAUGCUGUAGCAGCUACAACGAUACCUGGAGAGAUUUCCACUAAAGGAGAAGAGGUCCACAGUCAGCACACAGUGCAGCGGAUGAAUGUCGGGCAGCCUCGUCCGGAGCCAACGUACUUACUCCCCAGAAAAGCAUGCACUGCAGCUAUUAGCGGCAUUGAAAUGCGAGCUGAGGGGGAAGAAGGCAACGCAGUGUACCUUGCUCGAUGGUAUGACAUUGGCUACGCUACCGUGGGGCAGCUGAAGAUAAUGGUGCUGGUGACGGACGCGAAAGUCGCGAUGACAAAGGUCGAGGCAACGCUGGCUUGGAUAGAUUCAGUCAUUGUGAACCCCUCCGGGGUGGGAUCACCGUUCAACGACAGCCCAUUGUUCCCUAAGGAAAUGUUCAAGGACAACGUGGAGAAUAUGGCUUUGAACAGUUAUACUAGUGCUGGUGAAGACAUUGAAGGACGUUUACUGCAAUUUAGAGGGAACGAAUGGCUAAACUCGACCUGUAUUACGAUGAAUGUGGGUUUCAUUGUUCCGGACUGGUACGGGUACCAGGAUGUUACUGCAAGAAAGAAAACUGCGGCUACCAACGGCGCCUUUCACAGUAGCAACCAGCGCCAAAUCGGCAUCGUGAACUCGUGUGGAAAUCACUGGAUUGCAUUUUACUUGGACCGUACAUCAAGCCCCGUUACGUGCACUCUAUUCGACCCUCAACAGAGCAAGUUGCGCUACAACGAAAUAGAGGGUGCUGUAUUAUCCGACAUUGUUCCACAAUUGGCCGGCAAACCAGUUGUUAAGUUUGAGCGAUGGGAGAAAUGCAAACAAGAAGAUGGGCAUUCCUGUGUCGAAGCUUUCUGGGCACAUUUGGAGAAACGAAAACUAUAG